AUGGAAGAUAUCGACAGACAGGCGUCCAAAAAUGUAGAUCGUACAGAGAAGGAUAUCCUUGUCUCUUUAGCACUGAAUGAGCCUGUAUUUUCAGGCCUAGAACACCAGCUGGCAAAGUUUCGGUCAGCGUGUCAAGACUUCAUCUUUAUCGAUUUUGCUGCAGCGGCGGGCAAAAAUAUUGAAGCCCGCUUAUGGGAGGCACAUUCGAGAGUCGUCAACAAGUUCAGACCAUUUCUUGCCAAGUUUCGUGAGGGAGAUGGCAAGAAGAAGCAUGUUGAGCGCCGAAAGGCCGAGAAGCUCUUCUUAGACUUCGUCAAGUCGAGCAUGCGUUUCUAUCGUGGCUAUAUACACCGACUCGCUUCCCAUUUCAGGGAUGUCCCAGAGGUCGUUAAUGUUGCCGGGAAGCUUAAACUCGGCCCACUCUCACGAGAUGUUCCUCAGACAGUGGAUUUCGCGCUCAAGAAACAAAUCCUGAAGUCAUGUUACGUUUCCCUGGUCCAGCUAGGGGAUCUUUCUAGAUAUCGAGAGAUGGAGUUACAAACCAAAGAGCGUAACUGGGGACCUGCCAAAGGAUAUUAUGACCUCGCCAUCAAACUCAACCCGACUUUAGGAAUGGCCUACAAUCAACUAGCUGUCAUUGCAUUGACGGACCAAGACCAUCUGCGCAGUGUUUAUUACCUCUAUCGAGCGAUUUCCGUCGAAGAUCCACCUCGCCAAGCCAACGGAAACCUAGAACUUAAAUUCAAAAAGAUUCGCACGAGGUCAUCCCAAGGCGAGCCAAUCUCGAGUGGCGAUGCUCCGGCUGAAGCGAGCAGGAACCUGCACGAGCGCUUCCUCCUCUUUCAUGCUCAUUGUCUAGAGAAAGACUUCGUUGCAUCUGAUGACCAGCAGGAUGAAAUUCUGGAGCUUCUUGCAGAUGAACUUCGAGAACGACCAUUCGACACCAUCAUUCGAAAGUUCUGCUUAAUCAAUAUCGCGGCCGAGGAGUGUGCUGCCAAAAAGGUCCAGGGUGAUCCGUCAGCACUCCAAUCCUUUGAGAUUUUACAACACUUCAAUGCUCGUACAUUUUCCCUUUUGUUGAAGCUUUUACUUGAUGAGUUUCAACUCCUUGUAAAGGGCACCGAUGGUACUACAACCAAAUAUCCCGACAGACCCGUUCAAAUCACUGCGACCACUCGCCGGCUUCUUCCCCACCUCAGAUUAUAUAGUGGAUGGCUGUUGAGCACUGUGCCCUUCAUUCUUGUGAGCGAGAAAGCCCGAAUGAGAGAGCUCUGGCGGAUUUAUGCAGAAGCUCUUAGCCUGUUCACGUCGACGUUUUCCCUUACGAAGGUGCCCGAGCUGCCGUACAUGUUGGACGAGGAUCAAGAUACCCUGGCUUUUACUCCAUUCAGCGAUUUCGUUCGAGAAACUCGUUUCCUGGAUGCUGCCGGUCAGAUGAAACCUUCCUACGACGGUGAGGCCUUCGACCCCCGGUCGUCCGAAGACGAAAUGCUCUAUCGAAUCAAGUGCAUGGUCAGAGACGGCAUUUACCUCUGCAAGAGACAGCUCAAGGGUCCUUUUGAAUCAUUGUCUAUUCCUCUCUAUUUCGCAGAUAAUCGUUUCAACUUUUACGAGGAUAAUGACUCUCAACUCGAGAACGUUAGCACGGCUUCUCCGAAAUAUCAAAGCUCAAGGAAAAGCCUAGGUCGUGGUGAAACGGAGUAUACAAACCGAUCCACACGCACCGCCGCCCAGCUUUUGAGCCACCACGAAAUCAUCUCAGAGGCCGAAGUCUCGGAAACGAUGGAGAGAAUGGUAAACAAUCUUACGAAACCCGAAGUUCCCAAGUCAGUUACCAAAGCAAGUCAGUUCCAUGGUACGCCGACCUCGACUUUGUCAACGCCGGUCGCACAGUCAUUCGGUGAGAGAGAGGUUUCGCGGUCGCAACCGACCAGACUUACCGCUCAAGAUUUAGUGCGACAAAUGCAACAAUCGUCGCAUGCAUCGUUCCCGAUGUUGCAGGGUCAUCAGACGAGCAUGCCGACAUUACCUGACUUCUUGAACAGUCCUUUCGCGCCACAACCUGGAGAGAUGUCAGGAUCUUCACCUCGUCCGAAGUCUUCUCACCGUUUCCCGGAUACAACGACAGCGGCCUCGUAUCUAAGCAGUUCCGCUCAGUUUCGCGCCGGAUUUAUGCAGACGGAACAUGAAAUACAAACUCGGAGUUCGUCAGCGGAAUCCUUUCAUCCUACCAUGUCAAUCCCUUACGAAUCUGCUCAAAACCAUCCCUGGCUUCGCCAACAUGAUCACUUCCAGCCUCAAUCUUCAUCUUGGCAAAAUGCGUUUAGCCCAGUUCCGGUGCAAGAGACAGUCAUUGCGCACCGAUCUCCGGAUCCAUCUCCUUUUGGUGCUAUUGGUGACCCACGGCACAAAGGCAAUCAGGUGCCUCCUAGUGGUCAGACCGGAUAG